AUGGUAAAACGCAAAGCGAGUCAAUCGGAGACCGCGUCGGACACUACGGGUCUACGAAGAUCGACGCGUCGCAAACCACCAUCAGCAACUCCGGAUCAAGCGACUGAAGUCAGCCAAGGCGAGUUGACGGAAAAGAGCGCGACUCAACCCCCGGAACCUGAGAAGGUUUCUCAGAAGUUACCUCAUUCUAAGGCAUUCCAAGAGAGUCAAAAGUCAAAAAAGGCGAAGAAUGUUGCACAACUAAGCACAGCCUCUAAGGCCGAAUCCGAUGAGAUUUCCGGCUCUUCGGAGAGGUUAUAUUGGCUCUUAAAAGCAGAGCCCGAGUCACGAUUUGAAAACGGCGUUGAUGUUAAAUUCUCCAUCGAUGAUCUAGCAUCUCGAACAGAACCUGAGCCCUGGGAUGGUAUCCGUAAUUAUGUUGCCCGGAAUAACCUCCGGGCCAUGAAGAAAGGAGACGUAGCUUUCUUCUACCACUCCAAUUGCAAAGAGCCGGGUAUCGUGGGCACGAUGGAGAUCGUGCAGGAACAUUCCCCCGACUUAUCGGCACACGAUCCCAAAGCACCGUACUACGACGCUUCUUCCAAAUCCGACAACCCAAAAUGGAGCGUCGUGCACGUCAAGUUCCGUAGUAAGUUCAGCAACCAAAUUGGACUGAAGGAACUCCGUGAGAUGGGCCAACCAGGUCAGCCUCUUGAGAAUAUGCAGAUGCUGAAGCAGAGUCGGCUGAGCGUGAGUCGCGUGAGCGCUUCUGAAUUUGAGUAUUUGAUGGACGUAGUGAAACAGCGAGGCGGCGAGACUCGAUAA